AUGUCCUUUUCAAGCAACUCUGCACCUCCAAAAGAGCCCGUGAGGCCAGACUACUUAUGGCCACUUGUCCUCUUGACAGAUCUGGAUGAAACUAGCCAAGAGAAGCUUGCUGGAUUUGUGGAAUCGACCCUCAAGGAAGACCUCAAACAUCACUCUGAGCAAUACUUCGGAGAUGAAUUUCAAGGAGAAGCCUGCUCCAAGGUCAAGAUAUGGUCGCCACCCCGACAGCUCCUCGCGUCUAUCGCGCAACCGGGCCCACACCGGGAUAGCGCGAGCAACAUCCAUGCACUUGCUGUCUUAGCAUAUCGGUCAGGUCGGCCAAGAAUCAUCGUGGCAGACGAAGCCACCAAACGCCAACUCUCUGGGAACCACAACUUUGCUUGGGAUACGAAACAUGUGAUCUCGGUCAUCUUGAUAUCUGUCCAAAGAUUGCACGAUGACCCCGACAACUUUUCUGUACAUGCGAGGCGCGCUAAUUGUCUUCCACCGCCGCUUUCACCUUAUGAUCGUAAUGAAACGAAUAAUUCUGAUUAUGAGGGAUCUGUAAUGGAAGAUGUUCAACCAUUCCCCUUCUACUCUGUCGACAAAGACGCAGGGCCCCUUUGGAAUUAUGGAUGGAACUGGAAGGGCUUCGUGAUGCAUGACCCCGACCGAGAGCCAUUCACAGCUGACUCGGCAAUUCUGGGGCGAGAGCUAUAUGCGAAGGCCGUGACUGCCGCAUUAUGUCCCACUCUGCCUAGUAUGGAGCUCGUAACCGGCAUCGCAGAUAGGUUAAGCAGCCCCGUAAAGAUGCCUAUUUGGGAUCGCCGUCCAGGUAGGACACAUCUCGUCAUAUUUGUCCUCUAUCAUACCACAACUGAGGAGCUCCACAACACACAAAAGACAAUCCAAGAUGCACUUUCUUCCAUCAUGGAAAAAGUAGCCACGGACUGGGAAAAGGAUAACGAAUUCCAAUGUAGCAAGCCCUGGAAAACCGACAUUCCCGAAAUGACUGCGGAACUGAUCCCGUGGGAUCGACACGGUCUCAGGACCCGGCGAGAGCUCGUAGCUUUCUGGAAAGAAUAUCACAUGUGGUAUACUACUUUCGGGUGGAACAAUGAAGAUGGGGCUCUGGUUUAUCUUAGCGAGCCUAUUUCCGAUAUCGACUCGGCGCAGCUCGGCGUCUCUCGCCUGUUCGGAUUGGGAGACAAGCCGGCAAUGUCGUUCCGGAGGCCCUUGAGUACCAUCUGUGCGGAAACAGCAAGACUUGGUCGUCUUUCACUUCCAAGCCCUUCUUCCAGCGAGAUAGAGAUACUCUAUCACCCGGAUAAACCAUGGUUCUCAGUUCAGACUCCAUGGGAAACAGUGAUCUCCGAUGCGCGAUCUCUGGUCUUCCUCACAAAUCGUCUAACCGAGGAACAGACCCAGAGACUCAAGGAGCUCAGGCUGACGCCCGAUGAAACCGAUGCGGAAUUUGUUGGCGAUGGUGCUGGUCCUGGUGAAUGGGUCCAGGAGUAUUACGCUUUGCCUUGGAAGAACGGGGAAGCCGGCGUACCUGAUGGGGAGCUGAAAGACAUCUGGGAGAUCAUCGUCGAAGCCUACCACGACUUGACAGGUGGAUUUAUUCCUAUUGUUCUUAUCUUCGUUGAUGCACAGUUUGCGCACGAUGAAACGGUCAUCCUGGCCAGAGCGGAUAUAUGCAAUUAUGACCCGGAACAUGAGCUCCUCAAGCAUCUGCCAUUCGCGCGCUUAAGGGGCUUCCAGUUUAUGCGCCUUCCCAUACAGCAGACAGGUUCAUUUGAAAAGAACCGAGCAAUUGACGGCGAGUGGUUAAGCUAUCAAAGGCCGGGUUGGCCGUCAUCCGGGGCACUGGGCGCGGAGCCACCUUCUUUCUGCUCUUCUUUUUAUCAUUAA